AGCGUCCUGCUCUCUGACUGAAGGUGUUGUGUCAGUGAUGCUAUAUAAAGGAGGAGGUCUAUGGGAUGUGAUGCUGAAGUAGAUGAUUUAUAAUCUACAGGUUUCUCUCUUCUCUCUGUCGGGGUGUCCGGACCACCUGUCACUUCUUCUUCUGAGGACAAAGUGACACACAAAGAGGAGAAAAGAGGCAGAGGCGCGCGUAAUUCCUCUGUGUGUCUUCCACCUCGCCAUGCCUCUCCUCCUCCUCCUCCUCCUCCUCCUCCUCUGACCGCCUCCUGCUUCUUUCUUCCUCCUUCUUGGAUGAACUUCUUGGGUGAAACUUGCUGCCGCUCGCAGCACUGACACAUCAUGAAGACGACUCGGAAGUGUCGCGCCCUGCUGUCUGUGUUUCUGAACCUGGUGGCUCUGUUCUUCUCCACCACCGCCUUCAUCACCACGUACUGGUGCGAGGGCACCCAGCGCGUCCCCAAGCCAAACUGCAGCAAGCAGCGGAGACACAACUGCAUCGACUACGGAGUCAACGAGACGGACCAGAACAAGGUGCACUACAGCUGGGAGACCGGAGACGACCGCUUCCUCUUCCGCCGCUUCCACACCGGCAUCUGGUACUCCUGCGAGGAGAACAUCCACGAAGCAGGUGAGAAGUGUCGGAGCUUCAUUGAUCUGGCCCCGGCGUCGGAGAGAGGUGUGUUGUGGUUGUCGGUGGUGUCCGAGGUGCUCUACAUCCUGCUGCUGGUGGUCGGCUUCAGCCUCAUGUGUCUCGAGCUCUUCCACUCCAGCAACGUCAUCGACGGACUCAAACUCAACGCCUUCGCCGCCGUCUUCACCGUGCUGUCCGGUCUUCUGGGUAUGGUGGCCCACAUGAUGUACACUCAGGUGUUCCAGAUUACAGUCAGUCUGGGUCCUGAAGACUGGAGGCCUCACAGCUGGGACUACGGCUGGUCCUUCUGCAUGGCCUGGGGUUCCUUCACCUGCUGCAUGGCGGCCUCCGUCACCACCCUCAACUCCUAUACCAAGACGGUGAUCGAGUUCAGACACAAACGUAAGCUGUUUGAGCAGGGCCUGCGCGAGGAGCAGAACUACCUGGACCAGGAGGCUUUCCACUACUUUCGGGACCGCUCCCUCCAGUCCAUCUCCAGCUCUGUGGAGGUCUACCCCGGCCACGGCGGAGGCAGGGCUGGGCUCGUCGUCGGGGGCCCGGGUCCCGGUCCGGGACCGGGUCCGGGUCCGGGUCCCGGACGGGGCAAGAUGAGAGCGACGUCAGCCUCCAUAGACCUGGGAGAGAACACAGACUCGCUGGGGGAGGAGCAGUGCUGAGCAUCGACCGGGCAAACUGCUCCUUUAGGUCUGAACUGGUUCUGCCAUCGAACUCAAAAGCACAGCAGCUCUUAUUUUCUGUUUGAAGAAGAUUAUUAUCUUGAUGAGAAAAGACAGAGUCAGUGAAAUUAAUAAAAUUAGACGAAUGUGUUAUUUAUAUAUUAAAUGAUAAUCAAUAUAAAGUGUGAAAAACAGACUGAGAUCUUUGACUCUGAGAUCUUCGUGGACAGAAAGCAGAUGUUCUCCAGCAUAUUUCAAAGUGCUAUGUGUAGUAUUUUCAACAUCGA